UCAGCAGCACGCCUGGCUGCACUGAAAAAGCCUCAUAUAUUACAUUUUAUUACUUACAGGUUGACUUCAUGCUUUUAAAAACAUGUUACAAAAGCUUUUAAGAAUCGAGCAGUGUGUAUUUGCAGUUCGGCAUAUAUAUUAUUCUCUAUCAAGCAGCAUCAUUGCCAACAUGAAGGUGCUGUUCCCAAACAACCAGCCAGGUGUAACGUUACUUUAAUGGAGAAUAACUGCGGUACGACCAGACGACAAAAGUUGCACACCGCGUUUAAAUUAUUUCAAUGAGCGUAUUUCAUUAGUUGUAUUUGUAAAUGAGUGGGACAUCCUUAAAUUGCCAGAAAAUAUAAUGAAGUUUGGUGUGACGUUACAUUCAUGGGAACAGCACUAAUGGAUGCUACAUGUUAGCAUGUUAACUUAAUGCUAAGCUCCUUGAUGACCAGAGUGUACUUCCUGGGUAAAUAUGCCCAGAAGAAGAUCAGGGACAUCCAGGAGAGGGAGGCUACAGAGUACAUCGCUCAGGCCAGACGACAGUUCCACUUUGAAAGCAACCAGAGGACCUGCAACAUGACCGUGCUGUCCAUGCUGCCUCCACUGAGAGAAGCCAUCAUCAAUCAGCUGAAUUCAGAAAGCCUCACUGCAAUGCUCAAGGCCAAACCAGCCAAUAAACUGGAAAUCUGGGAAGACUUAAAGAUCAUCAGUUUUACCCGCACCAUCGUAGCAGUGUACAGCACCUGCAUGUUGGUAGUUCUGCUGAGAGUCCAGCUGAACAUCAUAGGAGGUUACCUGUACCUGGACAACUCUGUGGGCAAGAACACAACGACUCCUCUGGCUCCCCCAGAUGUCCAGCAGCAGUACCUGUCCAGUAUCCAACAUCUACUGGGAGACGGUUUGACAGAGUUGAUGACAGUAGUGAAGAAAGCUGUACAGAACUCACUGGGAGGCAUCUCUCUGAAGCAGAGCCUGUCCGUGUUGGAGCUGGAGCAGCAGCUGAGCUGGAUCAGAGCGGAGGUGGAGGCCGGCUCUAAUCGGCCGAUGUCCUGGUACAUGCUGGCUGAUGAUGAGAAUGCGCUCGCCGACCAGGCAUGUGGGUUGACAGAAAGCGAUCUUGUGACCAUUAGAUUGUUAAAUGAGACAAGAGACAUGUUGGACAGUCCGGACUUCACCACUGUCCUCAAUGCCAGUUUCAACCGGGGUUUUUCUCGUCUUCUUGACAACCUGGCCGAGUUCUUCCGCCCGCCGCCCUUUGACUCCGCCCUCAGCUCUGCACCUGACAGUCUGUCUGCAGUCAGUCUGCCGCUGGCGAAGAUCAUCCCCAUCAUCAACGGUCAGAUCAACACCAUCUGCAGCGAGACUCCCAGCCACUUUGUCCAGGACUUGCUGAUGAACGACCAGGUGAAGGAGUUUGCUGCCAACGUGUAUGAGACCUUCAGCACCCCACAGGAGCUGCAGAAAUAACCAACCAAGCAUCAGGAGAACAAGGAGGGGAAAUGAAGAGGAAGAGGGAUUAAAACAUAAGAGUGAUUUAAGCCCUGGACUGUUCGUCCCUCCUUCCUUUCUGUGAGACACUUUUCUCCUCCAAAUCCUGCAGACUUUUCACUCUGUGAUGGUGAGGAUUCAUCGGAGAAAUGUCCAUGACAAAGCAGGACAGGGAGCGCCUGUGUUCCCUCUGUGAACAGAGCCUUUAUGGAUUACUGUACUGGUGGAAGAAGACGAGACUCGCACUGAGUUUGUAGUCACAGCAGAGCCUGUGGUUAACUCUAGGACCACUGCAUCUUGGGAAUUGGAGUCUUAUUUAACCCGGUAAGGUGGUUUUAUUUACCUGAAGAAAUGAGAAACUCACUAAGACUGUGAAAAAGAGGUGAAGGAUCGGUCACAACUGUUUUUUGUUAAGCAAGAUGACACUGAAACAUUGUCGGUUCAUUAUGUUGAUGUAACAGAUUUUAGGAUGAUUUCCCCUUUUCUAUCAGCAGUGGUGAGUGGCUUACGUCUGUUCUUGUUUCCAGCUUCGGUCUGCACCUUGGCUGUGCGUCAAAAGAAGUUUUUCAUAACUCAAUCCAGGUGGUAGAGGGAUUUGUUAGACAGAUUUUUUUGUGCUAAUCAGUGUUUUUUAUUUAACCAUUUUUCUUGUCAUUGUGGAGGAAAUCUGCAGCAGCCUGUGGGUAAUUUAGGGAUAUUACAACUUUUAAAAAUAUGAUAAUCAAAGAGUGAGAAAAGGAUGAUUAAAAUGUCGUAUUAGAACAGCCAGUGGCAUUGAGUAAUACCAAAUUAAAAAUUAAGUCAGAGGUGUGUGACAAAAAAUAGGACACGCACGCUUACAAAUGUAUGGAGUAUUUAAUGCAGGGUCUUUAUCUCAAUUUCCUGAUGUAGUUCCAUUUUUACCCACAAGGUGUAGCUGUUCUUUAGCGAAUGUGAGAAUCCCUCUGCAUCGCCCUCCUUCCCUUUAUAUGUAGGGCUUCAUUCCAACGAUGUUUCUUCUGUUUUUAAGUCAGAUAAAAGUAAGAUCAAUUUGCUAGUCAUGAUUCUGUCCUCGACGGCAUUUGUAUUACAUCAUGGUUUACAUUUUAAAUUACUCAUAGCAUCUAACACUGUAAUGGCCACAAUCACUUUGUAUUUUUCUCAUCAAUGGUAAAUUAUGUUGUUUUGUAAUGGCAUCUUAGUGUUUCCACACGUUCCUUUCUGGUUUACACAUUGUAUGUGUGUUACUCUUGAAAAGCUGACUUGAUUUCAGAGUCUCCUCUGUGGAAAUUACAGAACUGUUAUCCAAAGCCAAGCAAUCUGGGAUGCCUAUAAAUUUCCCACGGGGUCCAAAUUCUGCUCCUCUCAACUCUGACUCUUCCCACUCCUGAUUAGCGACUCAAAUCAGGUGUAUUCGGCCAAACGAGAGCUCGUGAGCACACCUGAUUCAGCUGGUCAUGUGAGAUGGGUAGAGCAGGGAGAGGUGGACAUAAGCAGCACCUGAUACACUACUUACAUCAACCCUUUACUUCGAUUACAGACAACUGACAUCACCCAGGUAACUAUAGUCACAGUAAAAAUGCCCUUCAGAGCAUUACUUCAUUACCCCUAUUUGAAAUACUACUUAAGCUCUGAUUUGCCCCACCUCAGUGCCACACAGGUUGGGUUAGCUGCAUAUAGAGAUUAUGAAAAGAUAAUUUAUCCUCCUGCAACUGACAGCUCAUUCAUCUACCCAUCAUAUGACAAAAUGAUUUGUCUAUAUGUGUCAGUCAGCCUGUGCUAUAUCUGUUUAGGUGAUGAGUUCAGCUCUGUUGCUAGGAAGGAAAAACAACUAUUAGCUCCUAAAAUCUGCUGAUUGGUCCUACAAGUCUGAUGAUAAAUGAAUAGAGCAAGGUAAAUAUUAAAUAAUUCAAUACGUGGAGAGAAAAGUGACCUCCUCCACCACCUUCAAGUUUACCUGCGGAUGAUUAUUUGUUCAGAGCAGGUGUGCACGUUCAACCUGUCAGAUUUCUGUUAGUCUCCCUCUCAGGAGAUGAUGAAACGUCAGGUGACAGUAAGUUAGUCUAACGGACUCCUGGAUAACAUAAUAAACCAGUCAGGUGAGAAUGUAAAUCUCUGUAAUCAAUGACGUUAUGCCUUUUGAAGCAUAAUGUCCUAAAUGACAGCUAAAAUGUAUGUUUGUAGCAAUUUAUUAAAGAGAUAAUAAAUGUAAAAUGUGAUUUAAUAUACAUUUUGUGUUUCCUUGCUCUGUGCUCUGGGCUUUUAAAAAAUUCAAAACUUUUGUUAUGUGUCAGGGUUUACUUGGAAGCUUCAAGCUAGUUAUCAAACAGAUUACAGGAAAUGAUUGUGUCAGCAGGGAGCGCCAUAGUGCAGCAGGAAACAGUUUCAUGUGAUAAGAGCCACCUGAAUGGAAAAUACUGGUCUUGGAAAAUUAUCACUGCAUUGUCAGAAUGCCGACUCAUAAGACAUCAUCAGUUGACCACUGAUCACUGAAUUUAGGAAAGAAAUUUUCCAAAUUGGAAAUAUACUCAAAGGAACCUGGGUGUGACUUCCAAAGACAAUCAUUGUUUUCCAUCCUGGUCUUUAUGGAGAAGAUUAAGAGACUAAUAUGACAUCUCCAGUUGCACUCUUAAGAAAACUGACACUCCUUUAGUUUAUUGGGUUAUGAAACGGACUUCCCAAACGUGCAGUUCAAAAGGACAUGUUUGGGAAAGUUUACACAUAGAUUGAUCAAACAGAUUUGUCUCAAUCAAGGUCAUAGAAGGGUCAAAAACAAGAACAUCACCUGCUAGAAAGCUGAGGUGAGUCUUGUGAGUGCUCUUGAAUUUCCUUUGUUAAAAGGGUUUUAUUUUGUGGAUGAAUUUGCUGAUAUUUACUGUGAUGAUGUAGGGCUGCGCGGUAUAUGCGGUAGACGGUAGAAAUUAUAUAAAUUUGGCCCACGGUAGAGAUUUGCGCUCUACCGUCCUAUCGUCGAUGACGUCAUCGCACCUGCCUCAGUGUGAAAAUGGCUGCGAGCACAGAGACAGCGGAGCAAGAGGAGCUGGUUCACGUCCGUGAUUUAGCGUAGCACGUGCAACAUGUGUUGCUGGAGAACUUGUGAGUGAGUGAGUUAAUGUCUUAUGAACAGCCCCGGACUUCUCAGACUCUUUUAGCGACUUACCGCUCAGAGGGAACUCAUUCAGUGUCUCCUCUGGCAGCAGCACAGCGUCUCUCCCUCUCCUCUCUCGCCGUGCGCACACGGGAGUUGGUUUUCGGCAAGAGAGUUUGUCAUAAACCUUUGGUAAUGUAAACCUAUGUGACGCUAGGGGCUCCACAAAAAACUCCAUAUGUGAAUGUGUGAUAGUUGUGGUAUCAUAGCAGCCUGUCACAGGUUACAGCGUGAUGAUUAGAGGAGAAAUGGCAGAGCAUAAAGGUCCAGGUGGAAAAAACACAACUCAGUCAUUUAGGAUUUUGCUAAAAGAAGGAAAUUACCUUUUGAUAUAGAUCCCAGGGGACAUUUUGCACCAUAGAGUACUGGGUUUUAAUUUUGAGUUUUGAGAUCUGCAUUCUGCACAAUAAAUGCUCUAAAAAUACAUUAUAUCUUUGCUUUUGUU